CGUUCGAGGCAUCGGCCCGGACUUGCUAGAGUCGUCUGGCUUUCACCUAAGUGAUUACUUCAUUGGGCUAUUCGGAGGGAGAGGAGCACUUGGACCAGAGUGGAACUUGAUCGCCGUCUUGCAUGAUGGCCCUGACCGGUCACACUCCUACACAGCAAAGCAAAG